GCAAAUGAAGAUUCUAGAAAUCACCUCCUAUCAGCAGGAUAAAUCUUCCCACGUCUACAGCUCCGCGCUGAAAACAAAUCAUUCACAGCUUCCAUUUUCCUGGCUUGUAAAAGUGGCAGUUAUGAUGAUCUAUAAUAACAAAACGUUCGCAGUUGCCAUUAUUUUAAACGGACAAACCCUUAACCAUUCUUUAGACCCAUUCUUUUGUAUUUGGCAGGCUCACAUUUUCUUGUUCAUUGUUAUUAUUGGCACUAAAGCACAUUUUAUGGAUUGUUUAUUUAUAUUUCCGUGGUGUAUAGGAGGGUUUGAUAUAACUUCAACCUUUUUAUUUAGAUUUGUGGUUGUAUACAUGUCAAUAAGAUAUACCAUUAUAAUGCUGGGAUGUUACUUUAGCUUACCUUUGACACUCUUAACACUCUAUAAAGCCUUAAGUUCUGAUGUCGAUGAUUAUUUGACUGGUAGUGUUCCUAAAAUUUUGUCGUUUGAGUGA